UUUCAUUGAACUGAUAGUGGCAGCGAAUUCGGCAAAGCAGCAGUAUAAGACGAAAGUUUCGCAAUUUGCGGCUUACAAAAUCAUCACUAAUUAUUUACGCAAUAGAUUGAAAACGGGAAAAAUCUAUGGAUUGUGGUUUGCAUUAGUUAUCCUGAUAUAAGCGGCAAUUCGUUUGUGUGCGGCAAUGUCAUCGUUCACCGAGUCUGGAUUGGUGAAGAAACUGCUUGAGUUGAAUCCCAGCCAGCAAAGCAUUCAAACUCUAUCUUUAUGGUUGAUACACCAUCGGAAACAUCACUCAAUUAUUGUGAAGACAUGGAUAAAAGAGUUGCAAAAAGCCGCUGCAUCCAAAAAACUCACGUUUAUGUACCUCGCAAACGACGUCAUUCAAAACAGCAAAAAGAAGGGCCCUGAAUUUGGUAAGGAGUACGAAAAUGUUUUGCUAAAGGCAUUCAAAAACAUCGCUCAAUCGGGACCGGAAGAGAAAACGAUACACAAUCUGAAUCGCAUUCUCAACAUUUGGGCUGAACGCGGAGUUUAUGACGAGGCCAGAAUAAAGGAGUUUUCCGGAGCGCUAAACCAAAGAGAAAAAAGUCCUGCCCUGCCUAGCAAAAAUGGAGAGGAGAAAAAGCGAAAGACGGAAGCGGAACCAGACGAAACGAGCAAGAAAAAAGUCAAAAGCAGUUCGAGUGCAUCUAGCGAUAAGAAACCCAAAAGCGAAACGAUCGAAGUGAAUGGGAAAGUUGAAACGCAUGUUACGCUUAGUCCUCACCAGCCUGAUGGUGAAGCUCCCGAGCCCGAGGAAUUGCUCAAAAUAAUACAAGAUUUGGAGAAUUCCGCAUCAAGCGACGCAGUUGUACGGGAGAGAAUUGCCAAUUUGCCUCCCGAGGUGUCCGAAUUGUCGGCUCUCGCCAAAUUGGAGGACAAAGAAGCCGCAAUGCGGCUUGCAAUGAAGGUUAACGAUGCCAUAAAAAUUUUGAACGAUUACAACGCCAGACUUGCAUCAGAAAUGGACGAACGAAAAAAGUUAACGACAAUGCUCAAAGAUUUUCAGCGGGAGCAACAGGAGCUGCUUGCACAAGCCGAGCAAAGAUUGCAGGAAUAUCAAACAAAACUAUCCAAAAUUAAAGAUGUCCAGCGAGAAGUGCGCAAUCAUAUGAACAACCUGCCGGACUUGACCGCUCUGCCUGAUGUUACCGGAGGCUUGGCUCCGCUGCCAUCAGCAGGUGAUCUCUUCAACAUUCAUCACUAGCGGUAGAGAAACAAUAGUAGGAUCUCAGACGUAAAACAUUCUAAUUCAUCCAACUUGACAGACACGAGAUGCUUUACAUUUUUUGUACUGAUUUGCUAACAUGAGUUUUGACAUGUUAUGAUUUUGUAUGACAUGGGUUUCUGCACACUUAAAUUUGAUUUAGAUUUCUUGAGAGAAGAAGUCCGGUUGUCACAAUAGAAGUUCAGAAAAGAUGUCACGAUAAUUGCUGAUGCACCUCAGAUUACCAGAUGUAUGUUUAUAUUGUGUUGAUUCAAUGUGACUGGAGAAUAACACUGAUUUAUCCCCCCACAAAUACAGCAAAAAAUGUACUGUGGACCGUGUACAUGAUAAUAUAGUUUUAUUGUUUAA